GCUCUCAUCCAGCAGCAGCAUCAUGCCUUCAAACACCGCAGCCAGCAUGUUUGGUGGAGCAGGGGGAAGGGGCUCCAGAGCGUCCGUGUCGAGCCUGGAGGGGCUGCGUAACGUGCUGCGCAACGAGCCGGACAGAGACGCCAAACCCGCUGGGCCAAAAAAACUUGCCGCUGCCUCCCCUCCGGCCGCUCCUGCCGCUCCUGCCGCCCCCGCGGACGACAAGCAGACACUGCGAGGUCUGAAUGACCGUCUGUCCGGUUACCUGGGCAGAGUGAGGCAGCUGGAGGAGGAAAACGGCAAUCUGGAGAAGCAGAUUGAUGAGAUUUUGGCCAAGAGGAAAACUCCUGAGGGACGUGCCUGGGAUAAAGUUGAGAAACCACUGGAGGACCUCAAAAAGCAGAUCAAAGACAUCACCAUGGACAAUGCAAAGCUGCUGCUGCAGAUUGAUAAUACCAAACUGGCGAAUGAUGACUUCAAGAACAAGCUGAACGAUGAGGAAAAGGCACGUAAGGAAUUAGAAAAAGACAUGGAUGAUCUGAAGAAGACCAUCGAGGAUACCAAGCUGAACCGAAUGCAGAUGCAGAAAGAGAUCGACAUGGUGAAGGAUGAGCUGGCUCGGCUUGAGCAGGAGCACAAAGAGGCAGUGGAUAUCCUGCGUGAGAAGAUCAAGGAUUCAGAGGUGAAGGUGGAGAUUGAGUCUCAGGACUCCAACCUGGCUGAGAUUGUCUACAAAAUCCGCAGCCAGUACGAGAACCUUGCCAGGAAGAACCUGAAGGACACUGAGGAGUGGUACCAGAGUAAAUUUGACAACAUUAAGGUGGUGGAGGCCCAAAACAACGAGGAUUUGAUCGCUGGAAAGUUUGAGCUGAAGGAACUGCUCAAACAGAAGCAAUCAGUGGAAAUUAGGAUCCAGAGUUCGCACAGCAAGAUCCACAAUCUGGAGGAGACCCUGAGGAGCACCAAAGUGGAGUACGGUCAGCGCCUGGCCCCACUCAACCAGUUGAUACUGAACCUGGCGGCGGAGCUGAAGGAAGUGAAGGCACAGGUGGAGCGCCAAGUCGAAAACAACAAGAACCUGCUGUGUGUGAAGAUGAAGCUGGAGGCUGAAAUCAAUAACUACCAGCAACUGAUGCAAGGCAUGACCCCUGACAUCGAAAGCUCGGAGUUUUCUUUAGAAGAUGCACUGCACAGUGAUCAGCAAAGGCCUGAUGAUAAGGGGCCAGAGCAGCUGGAGGAAGUGAAAGAAGAGGACCUCAUGAAGCAGGAAAGCUCCCCCUCUAACAAAUCUAACCCCCCUGAAGGCCCUGAAGCAGAUGAAGCCCCUGAGGUGGUGGACGGAGAUCUCACAAAGGCAGAGGUUGCCGUCAGUGAUGCAGCAGUUCCAGUUGCGGCAAACAAAGAAAAAAAAAACAAGAAGAAAAAUAAGAAGGCUUCAUCCUCUUCUUCUUCUUCCUCCUCCUCCUCCUCUUCUUCCUCCUCUUCUUCCUCCUCUUCAGAUGAGGAUGAAAAGCCCAAAAAAGAGAGCGAAGUGGCCAAAGCCUGA